UUCUGUUGUAGAACUUCGCAUUUGAUGCAUGUGUUUUCGUCCAUUUUGAAAAGAUAUGUGCUCAAUAGUUUGAAGGUAAAACGUCCCCGCUCUGAUUUUGUCUAAAAGUUAGCCUUCCCCAUAAUAGUAUAACCAUGGUGUCAGCCUUUUGUCGAGCACUAUUGCUAUUUGUUGAAAUCCUACAAUUGUGAAACAACCUGUGAGUUUGCAGUGCAGAAAUUCUGCCUUUUAACCACAGCUUUAUAAGUGAUUAUUUUGUUAUUUUCUCCUCGACCACACCGUGUCGCUAUUGGAUAACAGUGGAAAUAUAUGGUUUAUUCCAGUAGAUGGAAAUACUUAAACACCCAUUUUGGCAUUUCGCCUCGGUCACAUUAUUCUGGCUUUACAUUUUGGACGGAGAAGUGUAUUGUGUUUUUGAUCUGUCGUGAAUAUUUUCCUUGGCCAGCGUAAUCAAGAAAUACCAUGGAUUAUAGACCAGGGAAUCUUUACAUAGGAGCACAGGGGAGAGCUUUAAUCUAUUUUAUGUUUACGAUUCCUUUCUGCUUUGGAGAUGUACGAUUAUCUGUGGUGGAGGAGCUGAAACGAGGAUCUGUGGUGGGGAAAAUGGCUCAGGAUUUGGGAGUAGAUCUGAAGACUUUCUUUGCGCGGAGUCCCAGAAUUGAAUUUGAUGGAAGUAAGCGUUAUUUCGACAUUAAUCCCCAGACAGGGGAGCUGGUCGUGAACGACCGGAUAGACAGGGAGGAACACUGCGGACAAAGGCAGCCAUGCAGUCUACAAUUCGAUUUCUUUUUAGAAAAUCCUCUGGAGCUGCAUCGAGUUGUGGUCGACGUACAGGACAGUAAUGACAACCCUCCUUCGUUUUCUAAUGAACAAAUCAACUUGGAGAUAGGAGAAUCUGCGGUGACAGGGACUCGUUUUCAGAUUGAUGAAGCCCUUGACCCAGACGUAGGAAUUAACACCGUGCAAGGUUACAGUCUUUCCCCCAACGCUCACUUUACUCUUGCCGUUCAUACUAAUGCCGAAACAGGUAAAUACGCAGAACUGGUCUUAGAUAAAGAAUUAGAUCGGGAAAAGGAGGACAAAAUAUCCCUUCUUUUGGCUGCACAUGAUGGCGGCAAUCCGCCGAGGUCCGGGACAGUAAUGAUCAAUAUUCAGGUUCUGGAUGCAAAUGAUAACAUACCUGUUUUUACCCAAACAACCUACAGAGUGAAUGUUGCAGAAAACGUUCCACUUGGAACAGCAGUAGUUACAGUAAGUGCAAGUGAUGCAGACGAAGGGGCAAACGGAGCUGUUUCAUACGAAUUCAGUCAUUUAUCGACCAAAUCUAGAAACUUAUUCUCGCUUGACCAGAAAACUGGAGACAUAACACUGAAAGGACCAUUAGACUAUGAAGAAAAUCCAUCUUUUGAAAUGCGCGUUAAAGCCAAAGAUGGAUCUGGUCAGGCAGCAUCGUGUAAAGUAAUUGUGGAUGUAACAGACGUCAAUGAUAAUGCCCCCGUUAUUCUGAUCAAGUCAUUAAAAUCACCUCUUUCUGAAAACGCACCUAUUGGCUCAGAGGUAGCUAUUAUUUAUGUACAAGACAAAGACACGGGACCUAGCGGCAAGGUGUCUUGCUCGAUUCAACACAGCACUAAAUUCAAAUUAAAUGCAUCUAUUAAAAACCAUUUCUCUUUAGUCACUGCUGAGUAUUUGGAUCGUGAAGUUGAGUCAGAAUACAAUAUCACAAUCACUGCAACUGACGAAGGUACUCCUUCUCUCUCGUCUUUGAAAACCAUACAGUUGGUGGUUGCUGACGUGAAUGACAAUGCACCUGUUUUUGAAGAACUAUUUUACAGUGCAUAUGUGACUGAGAAUAACAAGCCUGGCUUCUCUGUCUGUUCUGUUACUGCGAGAGACCCAGACUGGAGACAGAAUGGCACAGUGUUCUACUCUCUGUUGCCCAGUGAGGUCAAUGGUGUUCCAGUCUCCUCAUAUUUAUCCAUUAAUGGAGACACAGGGGUGAUCCAUGCUGUGAGGCCCUUUGACUAUGAGCAGUUCAGAAGCUUCAAAGUUCAGGUUGUAGCCAGAGACAAUGGUUCUCCUCCACUCAGCAGCAAUGUGACUGUGAGUGUGUUCAUAACAGAUGAGAAUGAUAACUCUCCUCAGAUAUUAUACCCUACUCCAGAAGGAAACUCUUUCAUGACUGAGAUGGUUCCUAAAGCUGCUAUUUCCGGCUCGCUGGUCUCCAAAGUGAUCGCUGUUGAUGCUGACUCCGGACAGAACGCAUGGCUGUCAUAUCAGAUCGUGAAGUCGACUGAUCCGGGACUUUUCACUAUUGGUCUCCACAGUGGAGAGAUCAGGGCUCAGAGGGACAUUUCUGAAUCUGACAGCAUGAAGCAGAACCUUGUGAUCUCAGUGAAAGAUAACGGACAGCCCUCUCUCUCUACAACCUGUGCCGUAUAUUUACUCAUCUCUGACAACUUGGCUGAAGUUCCUGAACUGAAAGACAUGUCUUAUGAGGAGAGCAAUUCUAAACUCACAUCUUAUUUGAUCAUUGCUCUGGUGUCUGUUUCUACCUUCUUCCUCACUUUCAUCAUCCUGAUCAUUGCUGUGAGGUUGUGUCACAGGAGAAAGCCCAGGCUGUUGUUUGAUGGAGCAGUAGCCAUUCCCAGUGCAUAUUUACCUCCUAACUAUGCAGAUGUUGAUGGAACUGGAACUCUCCGCAGCACUUACAACUAUGACGCCUAUAUGACGACAGGGUCACGUACGAGUGACUUCAAGUUUGUUAAAUCCUACAAUGACAACACGCUGCCUUCUGGCACCACUCUGAAGAGGAGCCCAGUUGACAACAGUGACUGUCUUAACUUCACUUCACUUGACUUCAUUGAGAAUGGAUCAAAAUUCUCCACUCUGGUAAAUAUUAAUCCUGGUUUCCUAAGCAUAUUUUUCAUAAUUUGGUUAUUUUGACGAUGUGGUCAUUAUUCCGGAGAUACUGUACAAUUCCUUGUUGUCAACUAUCAUUUUAUUGAAAACAUAUCCCACUAGAAUGUCAUAAUCCUGAUGAAUUACCUGAGCAGUUUUGUUUUUCACUACAUCAGAAACAGAUUUCAUGUUUCUUCCUGUUUAAA